UUCUGGAGCUGAUUCCCCCAGUCACAAUAAAAGUCCAAGACUUAUCACAGACGAAUUUCCGCAGUCACUAGUCGUACACCAAUCGUAGUCAAAUCGUAGUCCAGUCGCAGGCCCGUACGAUAAUACAGCUAUUCGAACGCCACCAAGUCUCAAAAUAAAGAUGUCCGCGAAUAUCCUCGCUGUGCUAUUAGUUUUUGGUUGUGGAUUAAUCCACCUUGUAACGGGACAAUGUUUUGAGGUAAAGAAAAGCGAAGAAAAGGUGGAGGAGGCAGAAAGUGACGUAUGGCUGCCAAAUCGUUUCCACGAUUGGAUAAGCGGUUGUGAAUACAAAGGAGUACAAAUGAAGCCCGGAAAUGAGGUCAUAUUUCCGUUUCCGGACUGUACGGUCUGUGUGUGUACAGACAAGAGCCGAGUGAUCUGCUGCAGCGAACGAAUGGAGCCGAAGUCCGUCCCUAAACACUGUAAAGUUUUGAAGGAGGGCUGUGGAUAUAGAGUGGUGAUGAAGUUCGACAAGACCACUCCCUGUAAUGAGACAGUCACGGGAAAGGGGAGAUAAUCCAGUCAGCCGAAGGAAAGGGGAAUAAGCGAGCGAUCGAGAAAAAAAAAAAUAGCGCAAAGAAGUUAAUUUUGCUUUAUACUUAGUUAACUCAAAUGAUUUUGUAAUUGUCAAUCUUAAAUAGAAUUUGCAGUGAUAUGUUUGAAAUUGUUUUUAUAGGUAAUAAACAUAUUUGAUCUAAUA